UCAUUAUUAAACACAUCACGGAAAACAGAAUGGAUCACAUUCCCCGUCUAUCAGAGGUCCUGUACGUGGGUCUGUGUCGUAAGAUAGGGACACCGACAGAAGUGGCCCUCAGAAGGGACAUGAGGGACAUUGAGGAGAUGAUCGAGAAACCUGUUCAAAUGUUGACUGGACAGAUAUUUAUGUAUAGUGGUAGUUACAGGGAGGGCUUUAGGUUUGCCUCUUCUGAUUGGGAUAUAAUGCGUUGGGAUCCUAGUCAUAAAAUGAUAAGCACGCUAUCCCAGACCAGUAUUUACGAUGCAUCAAAACAUACCAUUAUUCUAAUGGAGGCAUCAGAUACACCGCCUGGAUUUGUCAGAUUACAACUUCUUACACAGCCUAACGACGACUUCAUCAAAUCAGCAUUUGUUUCCUUGGAGGGUAUACGUUAUCUUUCAAAUCUGUUAUGGAAAGAAAUUUCGUUGAAAAUAUCUAAAAAAUUCAAAACAUUUAAAAAUGUGAACGGUCAUGGUCCUUGCUCAAGUGGUUAUAUUGGCGAUGUUGAAGUUGAUCAUGCUGAUUGUUUUAUCAGUAAACAUUGGACAAAAAUAACAAGUAAUUGGAUUGAACGAUCUUACCAUUACACCUGGCCUUCUGAAUGUGUGUUAACUGAAAUUCUGAAGAACGGUUUUCAUUGUGUUGCUAUCGGCAAUAAUAUUUUAUCUCCUUCCUAUGAACUAGAGUGGAGAUUAUCGUUUUCUGUAGCCGAACAAAAAUUAGUUUGUACCAUGAACCAUACCCAAUUCUUAUGUUACGGACUUCUGAAAAUAUUUCUGAAGGACGUAAUGAAUCACAGUAUUCACGAACCAUUACUUUGUUCAUAUCACAUUAAAACGACAAUGUUCUGGAGAAUGCAAUUGGAAACUAUUCAAUGGUACCCAAACAAUUUACUGAACUGUUUCUGGAAAUGUUUCAAAUAUCUCAUUCAUUGUGUUUACCGUGGCGAGUUUCCCAAUUUUUUCAUUCCACAAAAUAAUAUGUUUUCAAACAAAGUAAUUGGAUCUGCUCGAAGUUGUCUAUUAGAACAACUUAAUCAAUAUUACAGGAUGGGCAUGUCUUGUCUUCUUCUUAGUCCGACUCUCAGAUCAAUCCUCGAUCCAGCUCUAAGGACUCCGUCGUUUUCGGUUCAUUUUGUCGAGGGUCAUGUUAAAUCUCUUUUAGAAAUAGAUUAUCAUGCCAAAAUUGAAAUAUUUUCUCAUUCGGUUACAAAUAGUUCUUAUCAAGAAGUUGCUACACAGUUGAUAUCGAUAGAAAGAUUAUUGCAAUCAUCAUUUUCGCCAAACCAAACACUAACAUUACAAUAUUAUACAGCUCAAACUCUUAUUGACAUGGUGUUCAUUGCAGCACAAAGUUCUUCCCGUAGCACUCAUAAAGAGAUAUUUGCAUUAGAAAGAACAUUUUGUAACAUACUGAAGCUGGCUGGAAGGAUAGGUUAUGUGUCAGAUUUACUGUACUUAGCUUUGUAUUACUAUAAAAUUGGUAGAUAUCAUGGAACUGUUAGGUUAAUUCAUUUUAUCAGAAGAAAGCUUUCACAGCCCUUUAUCUUUUACAAUCGUCCAGAUAGACAGGGAUAUGAAGCUGUAUGUAAUCUGUCUACGUCUGGACGAAGGAAAAAGGCAUGGGCAAAUGACCUAAAUCUUAAAGUUGGUGUUUCAUAUAUUCGAGAAUUAUUAUUAGAACAAUUAGAAGCCGAUAAGAAUGGAAAGUCCACUCUAUUUAUAUCUCCAUUUCUAACAUUGGAAUGGUUGUCCGUGUUAUCUUACUACAGACUAGGGAAUCAGUCUCUAUAUCAACAGUCACUGUCAUACUUAAAAACUCUACUGUUACAUGAUGAUGGGAGAUAUAUACCUACACACAACAGAGAUCUAGCCUGGCAGAUGCUUGGGAUUUGUCAGCAAGUGGUUGGGGACUUACAGGGGGCUUUAUAUUCUUAUCAAGAAUCACUAAAACAGAAGCCAUUCUACCAAAUACAGAAAGCUACAGAAGCUAGAAUAAGCCAUGUUGAGAGGCAACUUCAAUAAACAUUCUAGGUCCUCAAGAGCUGGUGAAACAAUGGACAGAGAUCAGAUUUAAGAUUUAAAAAACAUGGGACUUAUGAAACAUGUAGCUUAACUUAUUUUGGUUGUUAAGUUCUUAUACAUAAUCAUGAUAAUAUUCAGAGUAAUUAUUUAUUUUAAACUUAAAUCUAAGUAAGGGUAUCUCUGAAAACUUAGUUAUUUGAUCGAUUUAGCAACCUCAAUGUCAUUAUAACCAACUGAUGUACAAAUUUGAUUUGUGUUGUUUUUUAAUCUGUGAGACAUUUAUGUGAUUGAAUCAAUAAAUCUUAAAAUAAAAUCAGUUUGUGGAAAUUCAAAUAAAAUUUAAGCAUUUGGUGGUACCA